AUGACGGAAAACGCGUACCGUGACUGGAACGCCAACGAGUACUUCAACUGCAGCCCGACCAACCCCAGCGCCGAGCGUUGCUCGGUGCCGCCCUCGUGCUGCCGACAAAUCGAGCCGCCAGGCGGCGUAGUCGUCGUCGACGACAGCGGCCCAAUAACCCCACUGAUUGCGUUAGGAGCAGCCGCAGAAGAAGAGCACGAGGGUGAGGAGAACGUCGAGGGAGACGUCUACGUGCCCACCCUGUGCGGUCGAGGUGUCAUGAGCCUUAAGGAGAAGGACGCCUGGAAGCGCAUAUACACGCGAGGUUGCGGAGCGGCCAUGUUUCACUACGUGGAGUCCCGGAUCGUGGAGAUCAUCUUGUACACGGUGCUGGUCAUCAUUGUCCACCUCAUCCUCAUCUCACUCGCGGUCACCGUGCGCAAGGAGGUUACCGCACUCGGGAAGGUGUACGACAAGUACUACAAGGUGCCCAACAGCUACUGCAAUAGAGUAUUUGGACCGAUGUGGCGUGAACACCAACUUAGUAGGCUCGAUAGCUAA